UUCUGCUGGUGAACCUGGCAUUAGAGUUUUGUAGUACUGACAAAUAUGUCGGCCUCUGGGAAUCUCUUGGCCACCAGUAUUGUGGACAUAUGAGAGGAGCACACAGUUGUUUUGGGAUUAUAACCACUUGCCUUUCUCUUCGUGAACUUCCGUGUUGGUGGAGCGGCCUGCAGACAGAUGCUAGGUUAGCUAUUUAAAAGAAGUUAAGGAACCAAGCAGCUUCCCACCCCUAGCUAACAGCUAGUUAAGAUAGCUGCGUGUAGUAAAAUAACGUCAGACGUAUCGGUGUCUGGCUAGCUAGCCAAACAUUUAACGUUAUCUGUGUUAGCUUGGCGCUGGGACAACUUAGCUAGCCAUCACAGCAAGACCCGCACAGCUUGCUGGCACCGCUGAAUGAGUCGAAUGGAUCAUAAUGGAUGUGAGGAGUUGUCUCUGCCGAUCAUAAUCCAAAGAGGGAAUAACACGACCAGGAGUGGCACAUACCAUUCACCGUUUUUGGACCCAGAGCAACUGUAAAACCCUUCACAGGUGCAGCAUCCCGGCCAACCUUCAGACUAGAUUAACUUCUUAUGUGACCCAGGAUGACCUGUUGAAGUUGAUGUUCAAUACGGCCACCUCUGUGUUCCUCCAUACACUCAAAGCGAUCAGAAUCAAAAGUCAAGGAGUUUUUUGAUCAGCACUGGAUCCUGCUUACCAGGGUGGAGAAGAAUACUUUAAACCUGAAAAACCUCAUGAUACAAAUGGCCCAAGGAGUGUCCAUUUUCCACACAUAAAAGCCACGGUUUUUCACGUUUUUGUUGAGGUCAUUUCGAGGACGUAGCUCCGGAGAGGCUCUAUCUGCCAAGGGAUUGUUGUGGGAGGGUGUUAUCCAAGCCUCAGUGCUCUCUGCUGGGGAAGGAAGCAGAGGGAAGGCCCUGGAAGUCCCUGGAGAAGAGGGCAAAACAGAAAGUGGCCUGAAGCUGGAAGGCUGACGGUUACAUAACUAACAGGCGCGGUUGUCCACUAAUACAGUGGAACAAGGAGACCAGUGGUGGAACUGAGUUGUGCUAUGUUGCCAUUGCUGGCUGAUAUAUGAGAUAAUACCACUAUCCAUUGGCACAUAACCCCCCAGUGUUUCAAAUUAACACUCUCUUUCUCGAAAAAUUCAUUUACAUGGAUACUAAUGGAUGUUCUACUGGAUUUUCCCCCAGAUGUUUUGGAAAGAACGACACCAACACUUACUGCUUUUUGUCUUCCAAUCACACCCCUGGUGCAGCUGGCAGGUGAGGUGGUUUGAAUCAGCCACCGGCGGGGUUUAGGGAUGCCCCGACACAGGAAAACCAGGCUACUCCAUUGGCCCGCUUACAGACUGCUGUUUCUAAUACGAGUCCUGGACUGAAAGCGAAGUGUCUCCAACAGAGAGCAAGGGGUUGUCCCUUUUCAUUUGCAAGACUUUUUUUCUCACGUUGCUAUAGCUGCCCAGACUGCUGAUCUCUGGGUGCUUAAAGUUUGAAUUGAAGUGAAUGGGAAACCCCAUACUUUUUUCUAUCACAGACCCAGCUACAAUCAAACCCUUUUCCCAUUUGAGGUCUUGACCUGCACUUUUUCUACACAAAGGAAAGUCAUCAUCCCAGACUUUUUUUUUCUUUCAGGCUUCUCGUUUUUUCUUUCUUUGAGCCUCACUUCAUUUCUCGCUGUUGCUUUUGUUCCAUGUUGUAAGUCCAUCUCCCACCAAAAUAGGCCUACCUCUGCCAACUCUCGUACCUCACUGAACUCCCACUUAUAGACCAAUCAAAUCAAACUGGACCGUGUCACAUCAGGCUCAAGGUUCAUCAGUUUAGCUGAGGUUUUCUGUCUGUCAGGAUUUGAUUGGCUUUUCACAGCACAAAAUCACUUCCCUAAAUUAUGUUUUAAUGGAAGGGUCCAAAUUGUUUUUUAUAUCUAAAUAACAGCCAUUUUUUUUAAAUUGCACUAUUAUCACGUUUUCCACCAAGUCUUCAUUCACCUCGCAGAUGUCCUCUUUUUAGACUUGUUUGUGGAAACAGACCCGUAAGAAUCAUCAGUUUCUAUUGGCUCGUAUUUGUAAUUGAUUGACAUGUUGGAGACGAACUAGUGUUGUUUUUACCUGUAACGCUGACAGAGAUAGCUGUCCGGACACCUCCUCCUCUUUACAAUCUGUGGCUUAUUUGUUCAUCCCGCCUUCCCACCUGUUUUCAGGCUGACAGGAAAACAAGGCUUUUACAUCAGAGCGACUUGUAAGCUUCUUUUAAUCUCACACAGACACACACAGUAGAUCAGGAUUGACCUAAGAACCUAAAAAAACAAGCGAUCGCUCCUCCUCCCCUCUCAGUGUGGUGAAGCAGGGGAGUGUUUUCCUAUUUUCCACCUCCUCAGUUAUCCCUCCAUCUCAUUUGUAUCUGUCCUUUACUUUUUUUUUCAUUUUGCCAAGCCGUCAUUUUACCCACAAACUACAAAUCCACUCAACACACCACGCCUAAAGAAAGGUUUAACUCUGAAUGAUAAAUUCCUCAGCAUAGCAGUUGCUGAACAGACACUCACACCACAACACAAAGGGAAGUGAUGCCAGGUGGCAGCAGUAAGAGUGUAGGGCGGGGUCCCUCCUCGUCACCCCUCCCCCAUGCCGUAGUCCCGCCCAGCAGACCACUGAGACCCUCCCGCUACGUCCCGGUAUCUGCAGCCACCUUCUUUCUCGUUGGCUCCACCACGCUCUUCUUCUGCUUCACGUGUCCGUGGCUUUCGGAGCGUUUCUCGGUAGCGGUGCCCAUUUACAAUGGAGUCAUCUUCCUGUUUGUUUUGGCUAACUUCUGUAUGGCCACAUUCAUGGACCCCGGCAUCUUCCCAAGAGCCGAAGAGGACGAGGACAAGGAGGACGAUUUUCGUGCUCCCCUCUACAAGACUGUGGAGAUCAGAGGGAUCCAGGUCAGGAUGAAGUGGUGCUCAACCUGUCGCUUCUACAGGCCGCCACGGUGCUCCCACUGCUCCGUCUGUGACAACUGUGUCGAGGACUUCGACCACCACUGUCCCUGGGUGAACAACUGCAUCGGCAGGAGGAACUACCGCUACUUUUUCCUCUUCCUCCUGUCUCUGACGGCCCACAUCAUGGCCGUGUUUGGCUUCGGCCUGCUUUUUGUCCUCUACCAUCGCCAGAACAUCGACCGCCUGCACGCCAUCGUCACGCUGGCUGUAAUGUGUGUUGCAGGCCUGUUCUUCAUCCCUGUUGCUGGUCUUACUGGUUUCCACAUAGUGCUUGUGGCCAGAGGCAGGACGACCAAUGAACAGGUAACAGGGAAGUUCAGAGGGGGUGUUAACCCUUUCACCAAUGGCUGUUGGAAGAAUGUCUCCCAUGUCCUCUGCAGCUCACAAGCACCCAGGUAUCUGGGCAGAAAGAAGUGUGUGCAGAGUGUCUGUGUGCAACCUCCCUUUCUGCGGCCACAGCUGACGGAGGCCCAGCUGGCUGCAAAGAUCCUGGACAACGGUAUACAGGGAGACCUGCACCGGUCCAAGUCCAGUCUGGAGAUGAUGGAGAGCCAGUCGUGUGACGCUGAGCCACCUCCUCCUCCUAAACCAGAGCUCCGCUACCCUGGAAUCACCAGGGGAAACACAGAGGAGUGCAGUCUACUGAACAAAGCCCCUCCCACCCCCACCAUGUACAAAUACAGGCCCACCUACAGCCCCGGCAAGAACCACACAGCGCUCACACAUGCUUACGCCAACCAGUUAAGUCGAGGGGAGAGUGUUGGCAGUGCCAGGGACUCCUCCUCCUCCACCUCCUCCCUCCUUCAGGCCAGUCAGCAGCCUGGUUUCCGCUCCCAGCCCAGCCUGGACCGGAGGGACACUUCAUCUGACAGAGUGGGAGGGGGAGAAGGUGGGGAGAGGAGAGAGGGAGGGAGAGAGGCGGGGGGAGGGGGCAUCCCUGGCUACUCCCUCGGCGGACGCUCAUACCCCUCCUUCUCCGACCCUACGGUCCUAUCGGGAGUGGCGUCACGAUCUUCCAGCUCCACGCACACCUCAGCAGGCGCCGUCCACGUCUCCGAGGCAACCACCACCUCAGCCAGCUUCAAGAGUUUAGCCAAUCAGACACCCCCGCCUCACCACCCAUCCCGCAAUGGGAGCCUGUCGUAUGACAGCUUACUGGCAGGUGGUGACGAGUUCGACAAAGGGGUGGCAGCGGGUUCGGCAGCCCCCGAGGUUUCCUCUGGGAGACCCUGCACGCCGGCAGCAGGCGGCUACAGCUCCCCCUUCCUGUCAUCACAACAGAGAGAUUCUGAGAUGCACUCCCAGUCCUCCCAGUCGCCCCAUCACUACCACCGCUCCUCCACCCACCACCACCACCAUCACUCCUUCCUCCAUCGCUCCUCCUCUUCCACGUCCUCCUCCCCACCACCUCCUCCAGAGAGGGAGCGCCUGCUAGGCGAGCCCCACUCCGGCGCUCACCCCCAGUCCGCCAAUCAGGCCUCUGCUCCCCCUUCCUCCUCUGCCCCGCCUCCCCCACACCAUCAUCACCACCACCAUCACCACCACCACCACGCCCAUCAUCACCACCACCACUCCUCUUCCUCUUCCUCUACCUCCCGCCCUCCCCGCUUCUCUGCCCCUCAUGCACCACCCCACCACGCUUAUCCCUACCGCACCCGCUCCACUGACACCCCACUGGGAUCCUCCUCCACCUCCACGACCCACCCUCCCCGCUCCCCGCACCCCCCACCUCUGGGCAAGUCGCUCUCUUACUCGAGUGCCGCUGCCGCCGAAAUGCAGUACCGGCUGGUCCGAAAGGCUUCUGCGUCAGCCGGAGCGAACGCGGCGGGGGUAGGAGGAGGAGGAAGUGGAGGGAUGGGAGGAGGAGGAGGAGGAGGAAUACAAGCGCCGAAGGAUGAGCUGAUCCAGAUGAAACCUCUGAGUCGGACCAACGGCGGCCAGCCCUUCUCCUCCACUUCCUCCUGCUCCGCCCCUUCCUCCCCCUCUCACCCAGUCAGCGUGUCCGCCCGGCCCGGAGUGGCCUAUCCCAGCUCGGCUUUGGUGCAGAGUCCCGCCCACAAGCCUCAGGGUGGCGGGGUGAAGAAGGUAACGGGCGUUGGGGGCACCACCUAUGAGAUUUCUGUCUGAGUGGCAACCAGCCUCCUGCUUGACGACCAAUGAGACGAAGAGGAGAUACUGCCAUCUCCUUCUGCCUUUUAGGGAGACAUUUGGAUUUUUCAUAAUGCAACAAGCCACUGACUGACUGCAGACCUGGACAUCUGAGGAUGAGUUGAACCAUUUUGUCCAGAUCUCACUCCUCGCUGGCCGAUAGACCGUGCAGAUAAACUAUGCUGGACUGUCUGCCCUCCAGACAUUCAUUUCAAUAUCUCUGCUGGUAAAAUGAGAAGAUCUGCACUGACUUUCUGGCACUGGGCUAUAAAAGACUACUUUUUCGGGAUCUCACUGGACCAAACAGGAACCCCAGUUUGGCUCAUUUCUGUGGGUUUUAUCCUUACUGUAGCUCAGUAGGUAGCAGGAGGCACUGGCAUUGUCAGGUCUGGGUGUUACAUUAUACAAGUAUAGCAGCGCAAGGCAUCACCACUGCCAGGGUGAGGAGUGUGAUCCACACCGGGGUCACCGAUGAGCUCUGGAUUAGGGUUUGACGACUGCAGGUUUACAAAGGUUGGAAUCAGCACUUUUGCACUGAAGCUGCAUUUAGGUAAAAAUUGGUGCAGAUGUUUGAUAUUUUAACAUUUCACCAUUUUCACUUUUAGAACAUUAAAAAAAAACACCAUGAUGAUGAUAAUGAUGGUUAUAAUAGUGAACACAUUUAUGCACAGUCUGUGGAACCCGAUCAAAAUCAAAGUAGAAUCCAUUUAAAGUUAAGGGCUUCCCAUAGACAACCAGUUAAGUGUAAACUAAAUGUGUGAUCAGUCAUAUAAGGUCAAGUCAUAGCUGGUUUUUAAAGGAAUACUUCCCCCGCAAAAUGACCAUUUGUAUAUCAGUUACUCACAGCGUUACCUUGAACUUGUGAAGAAAACUGUUUUUCUCGCUUGCCUCCAUGGGCAAUGGAGAAUCAAAAGGCAAACACUGUUGGUGAAUUAAAGUAAUUACAGUCAACAUUUAACCACAUCCAUGCAUGGAGCCUGGGUGCAGGGGCAGCAGGCUUAGCUCCAGACGUACCUCUCUCCGGAAACACUUUCUGACUCCUCCUGAGGGAUCCCGAGAAGCCAGAUGAGACACAUAAUCCCUCCAGUGUGUUCUGGCUUUACUGCUGGGUCUCCUACCAGUUGGAUGUGCCCGGAAAUCUCUAAUGGGAGGUGCCAAGGUGGCAUCCUGAUCAGAUGCCUGAACCACCUCAACUGGCUCCUUUUGACGUGAAGAAGCAGCGGCUGUACUCUGAGCUCCCUCUGGAUGUCCGAACUCCUGACCAUAUCUCUUACGCUGAACCCAGACACCUUACACAGAAACUCAUUUCAGUCACAUAUAUCCGUCUCAUUCUAUCAGUCACUACCCAGAAUUAUUGACCAUAGGUGAGGGCUGGGACAUAGAUGGACCGGUAAAUUGAGAGCCUAACCUUACCUUUCGGCUCAGCUCCCUCGUCACUACGAUGGUUUGACACAGCACCUGAACAGCCAACCUGUAUCAAUACACUUCUUUACAAACUCUCACACAACUCGUGCAGUAUAAUCCAAGUCUCAUUCAUCCAUUUGUAUACUCAGUACUUCCUGAACACAUCCAUUGCUCCAUGCUAAAACAUGGUUUAAAACACAGUAGUAGCUGAGUAGUGUGCCUGGACACAUGUUUGAAUUCUACUUGAUGAAGCUCAUAUGCACUCAAUGCUCAGGAGCGCUCAGGGCACACUACUUGUUGGCGUUGUGUAACAAUUUUAGCAAAAAAGCAUGUGUUCGGGAAGUUCUGAGCACACAACUGGAUCAGUGAGACUUCGAUUAUACUGCACGAGUUGUGUGAGAGUUUGUAAACAGAUGUUUUAUAUAGUUUUGCUGAAAAACGCAAUUCCUAUUUACUUCAAGUCGUAAAGAAUGUUUGUCUUUUUUGGAUUCUCCGUUCAUGACUAAGACGUGCUAGAAAGUUUUCUUCACAAAUUCAACGCGAUGAGUAAUUGGUAUACAAAUGAUUAUUUUGUAGGUGGAGUAUUCCUUUAGUACAAAUUAUGACCCCAGUUGUCAGUUAAACCCUACUUUAAAUAACAGCAUCCACCAAAUGGAGGGAGUCAGUGGACCAAGAACACAGGUGGUGUUUGUGUGAUGCACGGAGUCAGUAACGCAGCCCAGGCAGAAUACCUGCAACCUGCUGUCACUCUCCUCGAGGCCGUCGUCUCAUUCACAGCCUUCCAGUCAGCCAACACUCAAGCAAUUAUUAGGAUCUAUUCUGGACCUGUGACAAUCUACCAGUGGCUGGAAGGAACACACAUGAACUUUUCGAUGGACGUCGCUGUGUGAAUUGACUUGCCUUUUAAUGGAGGGAUGAAAAAUGUGACAUUGAGGGGGAAAAAAAUGCUGAUUCCCUGUUUUCUUUGAUUCAUUUAUUGUUUUUUUUUUCCUAGAUGUGAAUAUGAUUCCAUGUUUGUACAGGAUGAUGUGAAUUUAAAUGUGGA